AAAGGCGCCAAAUGGACAACCAACAAUAGCUCCACGUGGUCUCAGCGAGAGCAGGUCUUUUUCAGUUACUUUUUAUCAACAAAAACAAAUUCACCUAAGAAUCCUAGACAGUUCCUUCGAUCGCAAAAAUUGCCUUAAAAUGCUAGAAAUAUUUAACCGUUUAAAAGGAGUUCAAAUUUUUAGACUAGUUGCUUCGUUUGUAAGCCUUGUUUUUCUUGUUCAUUCAACAAGUUUUCUGAUUUUAAGAUACGUCGGACACAACUCUGUGACCAUAGCUUCUGUCUAUAUCAUUUGCUUUGUUUCUAUCUGGGUUUUCUUGUCCCGAAUAAUCAAGAUAAUCUACAAGAAGAGAAAAACUGAACGAGAGAGCCUGAUGAACGCUUUAAGGACGGUCGAGACGUCGAAAAUUCCUUACGUUGUUGACAGGUUUCUGGAACUUGACCGCGCAGGGGAAAUGGCGGAUGAGAGAAUUGCACAACUCCCUAUCGACAAGCGAUGUGCGGUUUGUUUCAGCACCGAGGCGUGUAUCACAACUCUACCUUGCGCACACAAAGUUGUCUGUGGUUGGUGUGCGUGGCAGUCAUUGAAAAUCUCAUUCGAAGAUGGUUCGCCGCAUCGAUGCGUCAUUUGUAGAACUGAGAUUGAAGACUUUACGGGCAGUCUGAUAAAAAAUUUGAUGCAUAUCAAAUGGAAAGACGUCAAGAAAAUCAUCAACGAAAUCAAGGAGUAACAAAGGGGGCGUUUUUUCUCGUUAUCACGUUUUUCCGAGAAAAAGCCUGAGAAACCUUCAAGUAUACUCUACGUACGAUCAGUCUAAAAAAAGGAUGAGAUUGAAAGAUCACGAUCGUGAAACGGCACGGUCUUAUCUGUCGAAAAACAACAACAAAUACAAGCUCAAGUCUCAACAACAAAAUUAAUUAAUGAUGCUUAUUGGGAAUUUUGGAUACUAGAUCCUUAUUUAGUUCCUUUAUUUGUGAAUGAACAUUGUCGACCACUACACCUAUUUCAAAAAGUUUCACUUGGAGAAUGUGUAGUUCCAGAAAAUAUCCAUACCCCCUAGAGGGGGGUCGGAGGUAUGACCCCCCACCCCUCUGGAAUUCCCAACCCCCUGGAAAAAGAUAAAUACGGUAACUGUUAAGGAAAAAGGGAAUUUUACCCUUCAUCCCCUCUGGGAAUUCCAGGGCAUCUAACCCCCCCCCCCCCCCCCCUCCCGGAUGGGGGGUAUGGAUAUUUUCUGGAAGUACACAAUCCUUGAGUCGUUACCCACAUGGCUUCAUGAAUAUCAAAUGAAAGAGUAAGUUAAGACAAAUCCAAGUUUGGGGAAUUCUAGCAUUGUUUUUAUGUAAACAUGUAUAUGUCUAAACCAGGAAUCAGUGAUUCAUACGUUACCUAUGAAGCAUGUAUGCGGAUAAAACCAAUUGGAUUCUCAAGUGCGACCUGAUUUGAAAUAAUUUUAUACCCCGCAAAUUAAUUCAUGUUUUAUUUUUGCGGCCUUCAUUUCCUUUAAGGCACAUUUGAAUCUUUUAUUUUGAUUAUGUGGGAAAAUAGCAACUUGACAUUAAAAUAGCAGUUUUUUUUUAUAUAUAACAAACUUGUUUAGGAUUUAAGCCUAGAAUGGCUCUUAUUUAGAGUGUGCUUUUAAAAAUGGGAAGCUCUAGCCUGACAGGUUCUUAUAGCUUACAUCUUUGUACACGUAAUUUUACUCGAGCCAUACUAGCCAUACGAGAUUUGAUUUAAGACUUGGCAAGAGAAUAUGGUCACACUCUCUUGAAGUUGGAUAUUGUUUUUUAAUGUGAUUCAAAAAUUAAAGUAUUG